AUAGACGUCAACCUUGCGUGAUGACGUCACCAAGUUCUCAGUCUCUGCUUGUUGUGGCUCCCUCUGCGCUGCUGCUGGAGUUAGCUUAGAACUAGAGGAAGGUCUGUUAGUCGUGACAGUGAAAACGGUGGUUUUCCGAAACUUUUUCGAUUCACAGCGGUUCCUGAAAGACUGGGAGAGAGUUUCAGUCGAGUCUUGGAUGCAUGGGAGUUCCCUGGGAGCCGCGAACGGAGAAGACAGUCCUGGUGGUCCUGACUGUUCAGCAGGAUGAGUGAGGCCGACGGACAGUUCUACAGUGUCCAGGUGGGAGACUCCACCUUCACUGUCCUCAAGCGCUACCAGCAGCUUCGUGCUAUCGGCUCCGGGGCCCAAGGCAUUGUCUGCUCUGCCCUAGAUACAGUCCUCAGUAUACCAGUGGCUGUGAAAAAGCUCUGUCGGCCCUUUCAGAACCAGACCCAUGCAAAACGGGCCUACAGGGAGCUCGUGCUACUGAAAUGUGUGAACCACAAAAAUAUCAUCCGUCUGAUCAAUGUUUUCACGCCUCAGAAGUCUUUGGAGGAAUUCCAGGAUCUGUAUCUGGUAAUGGAGCUGAUGGAUGCCAGCUUGUGUCAGGUGAUCCACAUGGACCUGGACCAUGAGAGGAUGUCCUACCUGCUCUACCAGAUCCUCUGUGGCAUCAGGCACCUCCACUCAGCUGGCAUCAUCCACAGAGAUCUGAAGCCUAGUAACAUAGUAGUGAAGUCUGAUUGUACUCUGAAGAUCUUGGACUUUGGCCUGGCGAGGACAGCCUGCACUAACUUCAUGAUGACCCCCUACGUGGUAACCAGAUACUACCGAGCCCCCGAGGUCAUCCUGGGCAUGAAGUAUAAGGAGAAUGUGGACCUGUGGUCAGUCGGCUGCAUAAUGGCUGAAAUGAUCUCUCACAAAGUCCUCUUUCCUGGAAAGGACUAUAUCGACCAGUGGAAUAAGGUGAUUGAAAUUCUGGGAACGCCCAGUCUAGAGUUUAUGAACCGACUGAUGGAGACCGUCAGGAACUAUGUGAUGAACAAGCCUCAGUAUCCAGGCGUCAGCUUCGCAGAGCUUUUCCCYGACUGGGCUUUUCCCUCUGAUUCUGAACAUGACAAACUGAAGACGUGUCAAGCCAGGGACUUGCUCUCCAAAAUGCUGGUCGUUGAUCCUGAAUGCCGUAUCUCCGUAGAAGAAGCCCUUCAUCARCCCUACAUUCACGUGUGGUACGACCCCGCAGAGGCAGACGCUCCUCCUCCCCAGAUUUCAGAUAAGCAGCUGGAAGAGAGAGAGCACACCAUUGAACAAUGGAAAGAACUUAUUUAUGAAGAGGUGAUCGACUGGGAGGAGAGGAACAAGAACGGUCUGAUGAAAGAAGACAGCUCAGAUGCGGUGUCAGGCUCCGCUUCCCAGUCCUCCUCGGCCAACGACAUUUCAUCCAUGUCCACGGAGCACACCUUGGCGUCGGACACAGACAGCAGCAGCAUCGACACACUGACAGGGCCGCUGGACGAGAGUCAGUGAGCGCCGCCGUUCGCCACACGAGGGGGUCUGUUCGCUUCCUGCAGUCCUCUGACCCGUUUACAAAGUAUCUGUCAACUAUCCCCUCCUGUUUUUAUUUUUAGCCCCCAAAUCUGGUCUUUCUCUUUAAUUCUUUUAAACCUUAAUGUUGAAAAAAAAAAAAAAAUCUUUACCGUGUGAUUGGGUGGCGCUUUGCCAUCCAGAGGUCAAAUCUAUCUGCGCUAUCUUUUGUGUCAGUUUUGGUUUUCUCUCUUUGUUUUUCUUGGUGAAUGUUGAACUUGAUCAUGCACACAGUUUUUUGGUGUAAGCCUCCAUAAUGGUUUCAGGUUAAUAGGAGAGUGUGUGGCGAAGGAGGGGGCGAGUUGACGUUUGAUCUGUAUGCCUGUAUUUUAAUAGGUUUAUUUUUUUAGAUGUAUUGAGACCAGAGAUUUUUUUGUCAUCAAAUUAGAGCAAACGUAUCUCAGACUCCUGCCGUCAGCCGCCYUCAUGCAUGUUACGCCAAAAAGAACAAAAACGUUAUGAAGCGAUUUGCAUUCGUCUGACGUUCAAACCGUGAUCUGAAAUUAGAUUUUUCUCUAGCACGCUGAGAAUAUUGCUGAUUUCCACAGUGGUGCUUUUUGCACUGUUUCUUUUUAUUAUUAUUAUUUUUUAUUAGCAUGUGUGACGUGGAAUUCAAGCUUUUCCUUCUAACAGCUAGAAGGUGCAGUGGUUUCUGUGUUACAGUUUUACUUCCUGAUAUGAUGUACUGUACGUAAAGCUGUCAAGUUCUGACACUCAGUGGUUAUAGACCCUUUCAUUACAGAUAGAUAAGAUUCAUUAAGACUGUCAACACAUCUGUAGAUAUAUAAACCCUGUUUGACUUAAGGUACCGACUAUCAGUGUGUAAUAUCAAAGGCAGAUCAUAAACCUGUAAGUCUAAAAGAGGAAUAACAUUAUGACACAUGUAUUUAUAUAUUUUGUUUUGUUCUUGCAAAAUUUUGCACACAAACCACACUGAAGCCCGUGAAACUUGUCAGCCUCCUGUUAAAGCAUUUAAUAGAAAAGCACGAGUCGCUCUUUUCUGAACCAUUCCUUUAGUUGUGAAGAGUUCCAAAACAAACCAUGAAAUCUGUCAUAAACAACACACAAACACAGAAACAAGAAUCUUGUUGAGCUUGCAUGAAGGCAUCCCACCUGUAAGAUACUGUAGAUUUUGUCAUAAAAUAAGUCCAUUCAGGUCUGUUUUUAUUAUUUUUUCACUUUAAGUACCAUCAUGAUGCUGUUUGGUUCCAAAAGCCUGACUGCAUUUUUUUCUUGCCUUCUAAGCCUUUAUGUGUGUUUGUGAUAUUGGUUUGUACUGUGCAUCACUCUUAUUGUUAUCUCGAGUCAUUUUUAAGAAAGCCCAGUUUGUAAAUGAAGAGCGCUUGGAUGAAGUGUGCCCAYCAACAAAGCGCACGCAGUCGUUCUAAAAUAGUUCAAGAGUCGGGGGAGUCUUUGACUAGAAUCCGGACCCUGCAACCUAAAGAGGAACCUUUUUUAAAUGAACUGCAGAGCUACCUUUUUUUCCCUAACUGAUUGCACAGUGUGUUGGACAAGCAGAAAUAUGACACUACAGAAUCACAGAGGACACCAUGUUGUACACAACCAUGAUUUUAUUCCUUCUGUCAUGCCUUAAAAAAAACAAAAAAAACAAAAUCCUGAUGAGUGGCCAAGUCGUUCUCCAAACCCUCAGCUCUUCUUAGAGCUCAGAGAUGUCCCAGGUGAUUGUCAUGACCACAACAUUAUCACUUGGCCAAACAUCUUUUCCCCAUACUCAGACUAAUAAAGUGGACAUCAGUGA